AUGGCCUAUGAUCGGUAUGUAGCCAUCUGUAAACCCCUACACUAUAUGACCAUCAUGGACCAGGACACAUGCAACAAAAUAAUGCUGGGGAUCUGGCUAGGUGGGUUUUUACACACUGCAAUCCUGCUGUCUUUUGUACUUCAGCUCCACUUUUGUGGCCCUAAUGUGAUUGAUCACUACUAUUGUGAUGUCCACCCUUUGCUAAAGCUGGCCUGCACAGACACAUCUAUUGCUGGUGUUGUUGAGAUAGCCAACAGUGGGACUUUUGCCCUGGGAGGCUUUGUAAUUUUGUUAAUGUCCUACACUGUUAUCCUACUGUCCCUGAGAAAGCAGUCAGCAGAAGGCAGGCGCAAAGCUCUCUCCACUUGUGGCUCCCACGUUGCUGUGGUCAUCAUGUUUUUUGGUCCCUGUACUUUCACAUACAUGCGCCCUAAUACUACCUUUACUGAGGAUAAGAAGGUGGCUGUAUUUUAUACGAGUGUCACCCCCAUGUUAAAUCCCCUGAUUUAUACACUGAGAAAUACAGAAGUAAAAAAUGCUAUGAAGAAACUGUGGUGUAGGGAGGUUUUAUGGAAGGCUAAUUACAAAUAG